AUGCCUACAGAUGAUGCCACGGCGACGGGCAACGGCGACGGCGCCGCUCCCCGUCCGGCAGCCGCCGAGCCAGCGGCGCCGCUGUCGUCCGUGUGGACGCGGCGGGACGAAAAGCUGCUGGAGAUGCUGCUCUGGCGCUGGCAGCUGGACCCGCACUGGGACCGGCUCGCCGCGGAGCUCGGCGGCAAGACGGCGACGCAGGUGUUCGACCGGUACGUGUGCUUGGCCGACGAGCUGAGGCUCGUCAUGGCGGCGCCGGCGGUGGACACGCCGCCCGCGUGGGACGUGCAGGACGAACGGGAGGCCGCUGUGGCGCCACUACCCGGGUUGGAGGCCGACGCGGCGGCCGGCGCCGGAGAGUCAGCGGAGGUGACGGCCAUUGGCAUCGCUGCCGCCGCUUCUCCGAAUGCAGCUGCUACGAGCGCUCCGACCAUCGGCGGCGGGGUGGUAUUGAAAUCUAGAGAGCUGAAAAAUCCGCGGAAGACGAGGAUGGCCGGCGGCGGGCCAAGGAAGAAGGCGGAGAUGUGGACCAGGGAAGAGCAUAGCCAAUUCUUGCACGGGAUUAGUACGUACGGGAAGGGGAAUUGGAAGGCGCUGGCGAGCGAGUUCGUGAAGACCAAGAGCUCGACCCAGAUCGCGAGCCACUACCAGAAGUUCUGCAUCAGGGAAGAGAAGAGGAGGCUGAGCAAGUGCAAGCGGGCGAGCAUCCACGACAUCGUCAGCCCGACGACGACGACGUCCGCGCCUGAAUCUGCCGGCGCCGGCCCGAGUGCACCACCGUGCGCGCUGAUCGAAAGCGGUGCGCUGAUUGCAGGCGACGAUGACGCAUGA